CAAAACGAGUUAACCUCAACGUUCUCCCCUGCAGAGGAAGGCGCAAUGGAGCACUGAACACUUUCAUAUAUAUCCCCCUUUCCCCAAAACCCCUGGAAUUGCUGUAAACAUAUUUCGGAAAUCUUUGUGGUGGUCCUUGGUCAGUGGAAAGAUGUGGAUUCAGAUACGGACCAUUGACGGAAAGGAGACACGAACCAUAGAGGAUCUUUCAAGGCUGACUAGAAUUGAGUCUCUACGAUUGAAAAUACAAGAUAUCUUCAAUGUAAACCCUGAACAGCAACGGCUAUUCUAUCGGGGCAAGCAGAUGGAAGAUGGACAGACUCUGUUUGACUACAACGUUGGUCUAAACGACAUCGUCCAGCUGCUGAUCCGUUCCCAUGCCGACGCCCCUGACAGCCCCGCCCCCAUGGACUGUGAUGUAAUUGCCUGCAGCUCGGCUCCGCCUGCUCCCCCUGCCGCCAUUGCUGCUAACCCCUCCGCGCCUGUUACCACGACAACCAUCACCUCGAGCACAGUUGUUGUCAUCAAUAACAAGAACAGCGACAACAAAAACAACAGCACAAACAAGUCGGACCCGACCCCUCCCACCACCACCACCACCAGUAAGACCAGCACCAACAGCACCAGUGACACCAGAACCAACAAUGGGUCCAAGUCCUCCAGCAUGACACUAGACAACCAGCCGUCCACCUCCACGCGCUCGGCACUAGUGGAUCCAGGCAUCGGCUUGUACAAGAUGAACGAGCUGGUGGACUGCCGAGAUGUGAGCAUUGGCUCCUGGUUUGAGGCCAGCAUAGAGAACGUGACGCGUGCUCCUAAGGUGCCCAAGGUCGGCCGCCCCAGCAAAAGGACUAAUGGCAAGCUGGAGGCCAACCAGGACAGUAAUGGGAACAGUGUUCUGAACUCUGACAGUGGGGCCUCCACCUCUCAAACAGACUGUACAACUGCAGCAGCUCCAGCUUCGGUUUUGGCCCCAACCUCAACCCCAACAGCAACCCCAUAUUCAACCCCAGCUCCAGCCUCAACCCCAACAGCAACCCCAUCUUCAACCCCAGCACCCGUCUCGCCCCCUGUUCCAGCCUCAGCCCCAGCCUCAGCCCCAGCCUCAGCCCCAGACACGGACACUAUGGCCACAGGCUCAACUCCACCCUCAACCCCAGCUAAAGCCAGAGAGGAGGAUGUCAUCUAUCAUAUCAAAUAUGAAGACUACCCUGAGAACGGUGUGGUGGAGAUGCGGCCGCCCAACGUGCGUCCCCGGGCGCGCACCCUGCUGAAGUGGGACCAGCUCGCCGUGGGUCUGGUCGUCAUGGUGAACUACAACAUGGAGACACCGGAAGAGAGGGGCUUCUGGUUCGAUGCCGAGAUCACGGCGCUCCACGAGAUCUCCAGAACCAACAAAGAGCUGCGCGUCAAGAUACUGCUGGGAGGACCUGGUGAUGUCAUCGGCGACUGUAAGGUCCUCUUCCUGGAUGAGGUGUACCAGGUGGAGAAAUCUGGAGCCCCACCCCUCUCUGCAGCUGAUGGACAGUUCAAACGGAAGAGCGGGCCGGAGUGCAAGCACUGCAAGGCGGACCCGGAGUCCGAGUGCCGCUUCUGCUCCUGCUGCGUGUGCGGAGGGAAGCAGGACGCCAACAUGCAGCUGCUGUGUGACGAGUGCAACAUGGCCUUCCACAUCUACUGCCUCAACCCUCCCCUGGCCUCCAUACCCGACGAGGAGGACUGGUACUGCCCUACCUGUAAGAACGACACCAGCGAGGUGGUCAAGGCUGGAGAGAAGCUGAAGGCCAGUAAGAAGAAAGCCAAGAUGCCCUCAGCCCACACUGAGAGUCAGAGAGACUGGGGAAAGGGUAUGGCCUGCGUGGGGCGCACUAAGGAGUGCACCAUCGUCCCCUCCAACCACUAUGGGCCCGUACCCGGGGUUCCUGUGGGAACCACCUGGAAGUUCCGUGUUCAGGUGAGUGAGGCGGGCGUCCACAGACCCCACGUGGGCGGUAUCCACGGACGUAGUAAUGACGGUUCCUAUUCGCUGGUGUUGGCUGGGGGCUUUGAGGAUGAGGUGGACAGGGGAGAUGAGUUCACCUACACAGGGAGUGGGGGUCGCGACCUGUCAGGGAACAAACGUAUAGGGGAGCAUUCCUUCGACCAGACCCUCACACACAUGAACAGGGCGUUGGCUCUGAACUGCGACGCACCGCUGAACGACAAGGACGGGGCGGAGUCGAGGAACUGGCGCGCUGGAAAGCCGGUCAGGGUGAUCCGCAGCUCCAAGGGUCGACGCAUCAGCAAGUAUGCCCCCGAGGAGGGCAACCGCUACGACGGGAUCUACAAGGUGGUAAAGUACUGGCCAGAGAUUGGAAAGUGCGGUUUCCUGGUGUGGCGUUACUUGCUGAGACGUGACGACCUAGAACCCGCCCCCUGGACGCCGGAGGGUCUGGAGCGAAUCAAGAAGCUGGGCCUGGCUGUGCAGUAUCCGCCAGGCUACCUGGAAGCCAUGGCCAACAAGACCAAGAAGGAGGCCAGUGUCCGGGGGGGCAGCUCCACACGAGGCAAACGACACGCAGGGCGGGGCCGGCCUCGGAUACACCCCAGGAAGAAGGUGAAGGAGGAGGAGGAGGAGGAGGAAGAGGAGGAGAAGCCGGCAGCCAAGCAGGAGGAGGGCCCUCAGAGUAACGGCAGUCAGAAAGAACCCAAAGCCCCAGACGUGUGCGUGGCUGCUGUGGAGCCGCCAUCGAAGCGUGUGCGCGUCGAGGAGGCCUUCCAGCUCUCUGAGAGGCAGCAGGAGCUCAUCAAGGAGGACACGCCCAACAAGAAAGUCUGGGACGAGGCCCUCAACUUCCUGGGGGAGGGGCCUAACUUCCUGAGGAAGGUGGAGCAGACCUUUAUGUGUGUGUGCUGCCAGGAGCUGGCCUUUCAGCCAAUCACCACUGUCUGUACCCACAACGUCUGCAAGAGCUGUUUGCAGAGGUCGUUCCGGGCGGAGGUGUAUAGUUGUCCCGCCUGUCGUCAUGACCUGGGGAAGGACUACAUCAUGGUCCUCAAUAAAACACUACAGAGACUGCUGGACCAGUUCUUCCCCGGAUACAGCAAAGGCCGAUGAGACCCACACACACACACACACACAUUAGUAUGCACCCGCGCUGAAACAUUCUGUAUAUGUUCAUGUAUACAUUGGUACAUCUAGAUGCAUACACACACACACGUGCGCACACACACGCAAACAAACCCUCCAUUGGUGCCGGACAGUAGGGGCCGAUCCUGUCUGUUGAACUCUGUUGGACUGUCCUUGUUAACUUCACCAGCCAAACACAUGAAUCUCAAGUCCUAAAACAAUAACCACCCGCACACACAAACUCCCCUUUCUAAUCCUCUCACACCCCUCAGUGAACUCAACCCUCCAGUGAGUAUCCCCCUCCCAGCCCCGAGUAGCUCUGCGGCCCCUCUCCUGACACCUCCCUCGGUGCCCCAGGUCCCGCCAUCUCGCCCCUCCUGCCCCGCCCCACCCAGGCUGUCUCAGAGUGGAGCCUGCUGGGUCGCCCUGGGGUGUCAUGGAGAGAUUCCUCCAGGAUCCUCCAGGGGUCAGUGUUGGCCUUAGCUCCAUCUCUCAACAGGAUUAGAAUUAUGAAGGAUUCAUGAACCAGGUUUGAACCAGGCUAUGACACUCACUACUCAUUUUAAUUGAA